GCCAUUUAAUGGUACAGUCUGUCUCGACGUCCUGCGCGGGAGCGGAAAACGUGCAUCAGACAGACUGGGGAAAAGGAGCGUUGUGUUUUCUAGCAAUACGUUCAGCAUGACUCGCGAUUGGAAACCUGGUGAUCUGAUCUUUGCCAAGAUGAAGGGCUAUCCACACUGGCCUGCAAGAAUUGAUGAAGUCCCAGACGGUGCUGUGAAGCCAUCCAAUAUCAAGUUACCCAUCUUCUUUUUUGGCACCCAUGAAACCGCAUUUCUUGGCCCAAAGGAUAUCUUUCCGUAUCAGCCCAACAAAGAGAAAUAUGCCAAACCGAACAAAAGGAAAGGCUUCAAUGAAGGAUUGUGGGAGAUUGAGAACAACCCAAAAGUUGAGCUCACUGCACCCAAGCCAGUUGCCCCUGAAUCUUUCACCGAAAAAGAUUCGGACUGCAGCCCAGAGGGAGAAGAGGAAGCAGAUGACAAGGGGAUACAACCCAAAGUUCCAGGAAAUGAGGCUGAGCAGGAAAAUGUGAAUGAGGAGUUGGAGGAGGAGGAGGAGGAGGAGGAGGAGGAAGGGUCUCAGAUCUCUGAGCAGGGUCCUCAGAACCAGGAUGGCUCGACACAGAGAGACUCUGCAGAUGUUCCGAAACCCAAGAGAGGAAGAAAGAAAAAGAGUGAUGCUGAGCAGGAGACUGACAAAAACGAUGCCCCCGCUAGUCCUGUUAGUCCCUCGGGUGCAGAGGGGCCUAAACGAAGAGGCAGGAAGCCCAAAACUGAAAAAUUACUUUUGCUCCAGCAACAGCAGGACCAACAAGGCUCAGGAAGUGAAAUGGACAAUGCUGAGUUUGAGAGAAAGAGAAAGCGGGCACAAGAGGACAAGUCUAAGAGUGGAGAGGAGGAGAAGAGAAAGAAGGAGGACAGCAAAGGAAAGGAAGCCGAGGGGAUGGAGCCGGAAGCAAAGAAGAAGAAAAAGAAGAAGGACGACAGCUCGUCAGGCUCUGACGAUGAAGAGAAAAACAAAGGCAGAAAGAAACACCAAAACUCAGAAAUGGAUAAAGAUGUACGGCGACGGAAAGCAGAUGAAUUGAGAGAGCAGAACAAAGAUGAUGGGAAGAAAAACGAGGAGAGGACAGGAAUCAAGAAAAAGGAAAUGUCAACUGACUUGAAGCUCCAGAGACUGCACAGUGACAUCAAGAUUUCACUAAAGAUUGACAACCCUGAUGUGAAAAAGUGCUUGGAGGCAUUAGACGACAUUGGUGCCCUUCAAGUGACGACCCAACACCUGCAGAAACACAGUGAACUCAUUGCCACACUCAAAAAGAUCCGCAGAUUCAAAGCCAGCCAGGACAUCAUGGACAAAGCCACCAUGUUGUAUAACAAGUUCAAGAGUAUGUUUCUGGUUGGAGAAGGCGAUUGUGUGCUCAGUCAGGUGCUCAACAAGUCUUUAGCUGAACAACGGCAGCACGAGGAGGCCAAGAAAGGAGCACUCAAGAGAGUAGAACAAUCCAAGGAAAACAACUCUGACAAGAUGACAAAUGGUGAUAUCAGCACAGAAGAGAAGAGGCAGGAGACGGAGAGAGAGAAGCUUCUUGAAGAAACAUCAGUGGGAGAAAAUCACAGUGUCCCUAAAGCUCCGGAAGAGUCCACUUGAGCGUCCUACAUGUCUGAAGGAAAGACGAAAUAUGUGCUGCUGUACUCAUCCAACCUUUGUCUAAACAGGGCUGACCAACUGGGAUCUCCUGACCAGUUCCUUUUGAUGACUCAUAUUGAUCACCAUUUUACAAUUUACUGACCCGUUUUUGUCAGUGUUGCUGCUUAAAGUUUCAGUACGUCAAACCCCUCCACUCCUAAGACUGACCGCAUAUUUUAUUUUUUUACGUUGUGAAAUAUUUAGACACCUUGUGUCACACCUGUUGAAUGAGAGUAAUGACUGUAAGAACUUGUAGAUCUUUCAAGAUGCUCAGAGGCAAGGUUGGUACCAUAUGGUCCUUUUUUUUUUUCCUUCAAAUGUACUAGAAGGUUUUGAUCAUUUUAUAUGCAUUUAAGUUGUUUUUAACAUUCACAGAACAGUUUGAUCUCAACUUCACUUACAUAUUAUUUGAAGUGUAGAGGUUUAGUUGUAGUUAAAAGCGCCAUUAUCAUGUCUAAUAUUAUUGGCUACAUUAACAUUUUAAAGAUUGACUUCAGAUGCACAAAGAAAAUUACAGAGUUCAAGUGUAUGUUUUUAACGUAGAUGUAAAUAAGAGUAUUUUUGUGCCUGUCUGACCUGUUAAAGCAUCCAAUAAUAAAGUUAUACAAAGUAUU